UCUCAUUCUCAUACUCUUAUUAGCCUUUCUCUAUAUAAAGCUCACAGGUCGAGAGAGACAACAUACACUACAUAAACGAUCAGACAGUUGAUUGAGAAGAUAUCUGUCGGAACAUGGAGGAUAUCAACCAAGAAUUCAACAAUUACUGGGAACCUAACUCCAUCCUCCAAAACGAAGAGCUUGAAUACGACAGCUGGCCGUUGGAGGAAGCUAUCUCUGGGUCGUAUGAUUCAAGUUCGCCUGACGGGGCGGCUUCUUCGAAGAAUAUUGUGUUGGAGAGAAACAGAAGACAGAAACUUAACCAAAGGCUAUUCGCUCUUCGAGCAGUUGUUCCUAAUAUCACUAAGAUGGAUAAAGCAUCAAUAAUCAAAGAUGCUAUUAGUUACAUACAAGGGUUACAAUAUGAAGAAACAAAGCUUGAAGCUGAGAUCAGAGAACUUGAAUCUACACCAAAGAGUAGCUUGAGUUUCGGUAAAGAUUUUGAUCGUGACUUAUUGGUUCCUGUCACAUCCAAGAAGAUGAAGGAGCUUGAUUCUGGUUCUUCCUGUUCUCUCAUCGAAGUUCUUGAAUUGAAGGUAACAUUCAUGGGAGAGAGGACAGUGGUGGUGAAUGUAACAUGUAAUAAGAGGACAGACACAAUGGUUAAACUGUGCAAGGUUUUUGAGUCAUUGAAUCUCAAAAUCAUCAAUUCUAACCUCAACUCUUUCUCCGGCAUGAUCUUCAUCACUCUUUUCAUUGAGGCGGAUGAAGAAGAACAAGAGGUGUUGAGGUUGAAAAUAGAAUCAGGAAUAGGAGCUUAUAAUGGAGCUCAGAGUCCCACUUGGAGCAUCGACUCUCUUUACUAAAAAGUUUGUGUUUUAGUUUCUCUCUUUGCAAACAAUAAUAAGUCUCUUUUCAUUUUAUUCUCCCUUAGUUUUGUUUGUCCAUCACGAAGACUUCUUUUGCUUUAUGUAAUGUCUAUAGUUAUCGUACGCAUUGUUCUUUUUAUUUAUUUGGCGGGAGG